AUGAGGCGAGAAUAUCUCCCGCUGGGCUCCCUUCCAGCCUGGCUGCGGCUCAAUGGUGUCACGACAAACGGAGUGGCCGUUCAGGGAAUUGGCUCGCCCGGCAAAGAAACAGACAAAGGAAACUCGAUUGUAGCAACCGACGUGAAAACCAGCAAGGAGAGCGAUACAUCGCCUGAGGUUCUCCUCCGAGUCCCCUCGGACCUAGUAUUGUCAUUGGAUACCGUGCACGAUCAUUCCAAGUCCGACCGGCACUUACACGAUGUAUUGGAAGCAGUUGGCGACUUUGGCAGAACGACGAGGGGCGCGAUUAUGAUCUUUCUGCUGGUGCAAUUGACACAUUCCUGCCCGGACACACCCAAGUAUAUCGGAAUCUCAAACCCCUGGACGGAGUACAUCAAAUUUCUGCCUCCAUCAAUUCCGCUGCCCACCUCCUUCUCUGCGGAGGAGCUGCAGCUUCUCAGAGGUACCUCGUUAGCUGCGGCGGUGGAAGCAAAAACAGGCUCGCUCGAGAGAGAAUUUGAGCAUCUCCGCCAGUCGACCGAAGGAGUUGCUUGGUGCCAGCAAUGCUGGUGGGCGGAGGGGACAGAGAUGUUGUCAAUGGAUGAUUGGAAGUACAUCGAUGCUGCGUAUCGGUCGCGUAUGUUAGACGUGCCAGGCAGAGGUCUCGCGAUGGUCCCCUGUAUCGACAUGGCCAAUCAUGGGGCUGGGUCGGAUGCAAAGGCUCUAUAUGAUACAGACGCGCAAGGUAAUGUAGUUCUCCAGUUGCGCUGGGGUCAGAAUUUGCAGCUUGGGGAAGAAGUGACUAUCUCGUAUGGGGAUGAGAAGUCUGCGUCUGAGAUGAUUUUCUCCUACGGAUUCCUGGAGAGCGACCGAACUGAGACAAACCAGGCGGUCUUGGACAUGUCCCUCCCGGAUGACGAUCCUCUUGGGGUCGCCAAAAAUAUGUUCUGCCGAACUACGCCAGGAAUUAGACUAUCGACUGUCAAUAACGAGACGAACCAAAGUAUGGAGGCCUUGCCGAAAUCAUUACGCGUCACCUGGGAGAGUCCCCUCGCUUGGUGGGCGAGCGUCAAUGAGGAAGAUGGACUGCAUAUGGGUGUGACCGAAACAGUAGAUGGAGCCAGAGAGCUGGAAGCCAUCUGGAAGGGCGAAAAGAUCCAAUCGCCCCACCGACUCCAGGAGUUGCUUGCUGCAGAUCCAUUGUGGGAUAUCUUCCAGCUCCGGGCUGUGGUGCUGGUAUCUCAACGCCUGGAAGCCCAGCUCGCUCUUCUCCACGAGAUCGAGGGGGUAUUGUCAGAUCCAUAUGUGAUUCAGGAGCUUCAUGAGACAGUAUGUCGGCCUGAGAUCUUUAAUUUGAUUUCUCGGUUGCGGGAGCUUGAGAGCGAGUUGCUACAGAAGGCGAUUGGAGGGCUCACGGAGCAGCGCGAUCACUUAUUAGAAUCCAAAACGGUCUCAGCCUAUCUUGCACAGCAAUCCCACGAGGAGGAGGAGGAGGAGGAGGUGGCGGAGGACUUUUCGUGA